UGGCGGCGGCGGCGGCUGGAGCCCGACAGCGGUGGCAGGACCGGGGGCGGCAGCUGCAGCUCGGAGCCCCAUGGUGCGCGGCGGCGGCGGCGGCGGCGGCCAGGACGCAGGAGGAGCCCGAGGCCCCGGCCUCCCCGGCUGACCGCGCGGACCCGAGCGGCUCGGAGCCGCCGCCGUCCGUCGGGCCCCGCCGGGGCGCGGGCUGGCCCGCCAUGGGGUCCCUGUUCCGGAGCGAGACCAUGUGCCUGGCGCAGCUCUUCCUGCAGUCCGGCACGGCCUACGAGUGCCUCAGCGCCCUGGGCGAGAAGGGCCUGGUCCAGUUCCGAGACCUCAACCAGAAUGUAAGUUCCUUCCAAAGAAAAUUCGUUGGGGAGGUGAAGAGGUGUGAAGAACUAGAACGAAUACUAGCUUAUUUGGUGCAGGAAAUUAAUAGAGCUGAUAUUCCCCUUCCUGAGGGAGAGACCAGUCCUCCUGCACCCCCUCUUAAACAAGUCCUAGAAAUGCAGGAGCAGCUGCAGAAGCUCGAGGUUGAGCUGAGAGAAGUCACCAAGAACAAGGAGAAACUGAGGAAGAACCUGCUUGAACUGAUUGAGUACACUCACAUGCUGCGAGUGACAAAAACCUUUGUUAAACGGAAUGUGGAGUUUGAACCCACUUAUGAAGAAUUCCCUCCCUUAGAGAGUGAUUCCUUGUUGGACUACAGCUGUAUGCAGAGGCUGGGAGCGAAACUGGGGUUUGUAUCUGGCCUCAUUAACCAAGGGAAAGUUGAAGCAUUUGAGAAAAUGCUGUGGCGCGUCUGCAAAGGGUACACCAUCGUGACCUACGCAGAAAUGGAUGAAACCCUCGAGGACCCUGAAACCGGAGAAGUCAUAAAGUGGUAUGUGUUUUUAAUAUCCUUUUGGGGAGAGCAGAUUGGCCACAAGGUUAAGAAGAUAUGUGAUUGUUACCACUGCCACGUCUACCCCUACCCGGGCACGGCCGAGGAGCGCAGGGAGAUUCAGGAGGGGCUCAAUACCCGGAUCCAGGAUCUCUACACCGUGCUCCACAAAACCGAGGAUUAUUUAAGGCAAGUGCUGUGUAAAGCCGCCGAAUCCGUGUACAGCCACGCCAUCCAGGUGAAGAAGAUGAAAGCCAUUUACCACAUGCUGAACAUGUGCAGCUUGGACGUGACCAACAAGUGCCUCAUCGCCGAGGUCUGGUGUCCUGAGGCCGACCUGCACGAGCUGCGCCGGGCGCUCGAGGAGGGGUCGAGAGAGAGCGGUGCGACUAUCCCCUCGUUUAUGAACACAAUCCCGACAAAAGAAACCCCCCCGACUCUGAUCCGCACCAACAAAUUCACCGAGGGCUUUCAGAACAUUGUGGACGCCUAUGGAGUCGGGAGCUACAGAGAAGUGAACCCAGCUCUCUUCACCAUCAUCACUUUCCCCUUUUUGUUCGCCGUGAUGUUUGGGGACUUCGGACAUGGCUUCGUGAUGUUCUUGUUUGCUCUCUUGCUGGUGUUGAAUGAAAACCACCCUAGACUAAACCAGUCACAAGAGAUCAUGCGCAUGUUUUUCAACGGCCGAUACAUCCUCUUGCUGAUGGGGCUGUUCUCUGUGUACACGGGCCUCGUCUACAACGACUGCUUUUCCAAGUCAGUCAACCUGUUUGGCUCUGGGUGGAGCGUGGCCGCCAUGUACAGCUCCAGCCACACGCCGGCAGAGCAGGGGAAGAUGGUGCUGUGGAAUGACAGCGUCGUCAGGCACAACCGGGUUCUGCAGUUGGACCCAAGCGUCCCUGGAGUGUUCCAAGGCCCUUAUCCUCUCGGUAUCGAUCCCAUUUGGAACUUGGCCACAAAUCGCCUCACUUUCCUAAACUCUUUCAAAAUGAAAAUGUCUGUGAUUUUAGGAAUUAUUCACAUGACCUUUGGAGUCAUUCUGGGAAUAUUUAACCACUUGCAUUUCCGGAAGAAGUUCAACAUUUAUUUGGUUUCUGUCCCGGAACUUCUCUUCAUGCUGUGCAUCUUUGGAUACCUUAUAUUUAUGAUCAUCUAUAAGUGGCUGGUUUAUUCAGCAGAAACCUCCAGAGUCGCCCCGAGCAUUCUGAUUGAAUUUAUUAACAUGUUUUUAUUCCCGGCUAGUGAAACAAAUGGCCUCUACUCGGGGCAGGAGCACGUGCAGAGGCUGCUGCUGGCCGUCACGGCGCUGGCCGUCCCCGUCCUUUUCCUGGGGAAACCGCUCUUCUUGCUGUGGCUCCACAACGGUCGCAACUGCUUUGGCGCGAGCCGGAGUGGUUACACACUCAUAAGGAAAGACAGCGAGGAAGAAGUUUCUCUGCUGGGAAGCCAAGACGUAGAAGAGGGAAAUCACCAAAUAGAAGAUGGAUGUAGAGAAAUGAUGUGUGAAGAGUUUAAUUUUGGAGAGAUACUGAUGACCCAGGUGAUUCAUUCCAUCGAGUACUGUCUGGGCUGCAUCUCCAACACCGCUUCGUACCUGAGGCUCUGGGCGCUCAGCUUGGCCCACGCACAGCUGUCCGACGUCCUGUGGACCAUGCUGGUGCGUGUGGGCCUCCGGGUCGACACCACUUACGGAGUCUUGCUGCUGCUGCCGGUAACCGCCCUCUUUGCAGUGGUGACCAUUUUCAUCCUGCUGAUCAUGGAAGGCCUUUCUGCGUUUCUUCACGCCAUACGCCUCCACUGGGUAGAAUUUCAGAACAAGUUCUACGUUGGUGCAGGCACCAAGUUUGUUCCUUUCUCAUUCAGACUGCUUUCGUCAAAGUUCAGUGACGACGUGGCAUGACCGUAUUGCCAUAUCCAAGCAAGCUUUCAGAUUUAUGGAGAAUGAUCAUGUGACAGGAUUUCACUUCCGUCAAAUUUACGAUAGGAAAAAUUCCAUCUUCAUUGAUUGCCUUAUGAAUUAGCCAAAUAAUUCUGUAAGAUAUACCUCUUCCACAUGUUAAAUAUUUUGUAACGUUUAUCAGUUUCAGAUAUGUAGAUUUCUUUCGGUUUUUACAGUAAGCAAAUAAUAAGUUAAUGCCAAAAGUUAUGUUAAAGUUAUUUUUAAAAAUAGAGGCUUGGGGGAGAGCAGUGGUUUUGAAUGGCUAGUUGAAAAUGGUCUUAGCUACUUGAGUCCUUUUCACCUUAUUAAAAAAAAAAGAUAGCAUUAUUGUGUCACUCGAAGUCGUCAGAUAAUAUUUUCCAACAGCUGAAGUAUAGUUUUUUAAAAAAUUUAAUGACGGAUAAUCAAAAGAUUCACAUUUAUUCUGCUUGUUUAAAAGUAUGUAAACAUUUUGUAUUGUAUGCUGUCUAGAACUGCAAGUAGGGGACUGUUUCUACAAUUUUGUCUGGUUUUAAUAAUUGGGGAAAAUGGGAUAAAAUGAUGUACAACAGAUGGCUAUCCCACUUGUAUAUUUUUAAAGAUAUUUUUACCCUCUUAUCCUUAUAUAAAACCAAUUAUGAUAAUUGAAUGUUGGAAAGAUAAACUGUAUACUGAGCCUUAAAACCCAGUGUGACUGUAGGAGAUAAAAUAUGGAUGUGAUUUGAACUUAGGAACCAACUUGGCUGAUGUUACUGAUGUUACUGAACCUUUUAGGGGUUUAUUCUGAGUGAAGGGAAGGUAAAAAGUAGUAUUUUGUAUAUUUUUAUAACAAAAUAUAAAUUAAGAUAUUUUACCAUGAAGAGAUUGCACCUCUCCUUGAGAACAGUAUAGUUCUAAUUUUUUACUUUCAGACUAAUUCUAAAUAAAGGUCUGGUAAAGGUAUUUAGAGUUAAUUUAAGCUUUCAAAUACCAUUGGAUCAGUUGCAAAUUCUCUUUAAUUUAAAUUCACCAAUUGACUUGACAUUUAGUUUUGAAGUCCGUCCUGCUGAGUAUUUUCAUCUGUGCAGACAGUCUCCGCCUUACCAGUAGUUCCACUUAAUGAAUUUUGAAUUAAUGAUGUGAAAGUGGACCUGCCUUCAGUAGGACUCAUACUUGGAAUGUUGAAUCCGGAUCCUGUCCCGGCCUAGCGAUCCGUGGCCCCGUCCCCUCCCGCGAUGCUGGGCAGCGGCCACAGCUCCCAGUCAGCCACGCGGGCAGGAGUGUCAGCAGGCGGUGCGCGGACGGCCGCCUGCACCCACCCAGCGUCCCGUCUGUCACUUUCAGUACUGGAUUCAGUCAAUUACAAGCAACAGUCAACACCUUCUUAUAAAGCGGGCUUUGUGCUGAUGGCUGUGCCCACCCGGAGGCUGUGUCCGUGUUCCGAGCGCGUCCGAGGCGGGCCGGGCUGGGCUGCGGAGUCCCCGGGGCAGGCGGUUAGAUGCAUUUUCCACUUAGCAUGAGACCCCAUUGUAAGUUGAGGAAGAUCUGUGUUUUUGUAAAUUACGUUCAUUUUUCAUAUUUUACUAUAAUUGAUUUUGGUAAUUAUUUUCAAAAAGAAAUCUGCAGUGUGUUCCUUUUUUUUUUUGAAUGUUUCGAGGAAAGUGCAUGAAGAGGCCCGUUUGUCACCAUACGCCUUCACCCUGCCCAGUGGGAGCGUUUGGAAAUUUCAGCCCAAGCUGAGGUUAUGGUGGCCCUGGGUCUCUGUAUCUUUUCCGGUAAAGUCGAGACCUGUUUGCCAAGAGGCAUGAGCUGAACGCGCUGACGUCACCAUGAUGGUAACCUCACGCCGUAAUCAUGUAGUGAGCGUUCCACGCUGCUGCUCCACUGACUGGGAGUUACUGGGCUCUGUCCCUCGUACUCAGUAUCAAGCUUAACACCAGGUGGAUGAAUCCCUGGGAAGUGAUUCUGCUCUCAGAGUGAUGUUUCUCCAGAAAGGUCAAACGUUGGACACUUGUGUUGGGUGAAUGUAAAAUCAGAACAGUGCUGUCCAGGGUUCACACGUCCCUCGCCCCUGGCCGUCUUUACUGCUUUGCUGCAAGCAUCUCUUGUGAGGAAAUGCUGAUUCAUCCUUAGGAAACUCACGAUAUCAGGGCCCUGAGAACUGAUUAGUAAACAAGAGACCAGUGUCUGCUGGAAUUUUUUCGUGCCCCCACUUGUAACUUUUAUGGGCCAAUUUUUAAUUCUAAGCAACAUCUCUUAUCAGGGUAUAGAACAGAGAGGGAAGAGUCCUUUUUUAAUCGAAACUUGUGUUUUCUACAUAAACAUACAUAAUUAUGUAUUCUAUAUAAUUAUAGAAUAAAAUGAAUUAGUCCUAACUUUGGUGAAAGAACUCUCUAGAAAUAGAGCUUGAUGGUGUUUUGUAGGCACUAGGGGGAAUUUUAUUAUUUUUUUCUAAAGCUAUAGGUUCCAAUGUCUUGUUAUCAGAGCAGAUGCUUUGCUUUGUGUUUAAGCUGUUUGGUAGAACUAUUAUGUAUAUCAUUUUUAAGACAGACUUUGUUCCCUUAAUAGCACACAUCUGGAGGAAAAAUGGCCACUUGUUGGGAUGAAGCUAAGUAUCUAUUCUCCUAAAGAGAACGUGUCACGACAAACGUCAUGCUGGCCGUAUUUCCCACUUUUCAUUCAGGGGUUUAUUCUGUGUGUUAACAGAGUCCUAAAAUAAAAAUUCCAGGGAUUUCUUCACCCUUCAGAAAAACAACUUGAUUUCAUCCUGCCAGGGUAAAGGACAUCCUUGUGGUGACAUAAUUGUCAUCAGUUAGAGAACUCAGGGUGUUCUGCUGGGGAUCAUCAUGAGCCCUGUGGACUCUCCAUUCCUUGUGGAUGGGACUUUGAAAAGACUCCCCUUUCACGGAAUGCCAUCCUGUCCUCGUUUCGGGAAUGGGUAUUUUAUAACAACCACUGUUCUCAGUUUCCAAUCUGCUGUAGUUUAAUAAGGCAUAGAAUAUAGUAUGGGUCAUUCUUAAGAUGUUUAUGAAUUCAAUAUUCAGGCAUUUAAGGGUCUGACUCACUUUGGAAAACAAAAACAACUUCUACAGCUGUUCUGCAGUCUGCAUUUGAAAACAGUAAAUCUCUUCAUUUAAAAUGUUAAAGCCAAGUUUGCUUGCAUGCCCUCUGGUGUAAUCUCCAAUAAGGUUGUGAGGUAAUCUUAAUUCAAGAUGAUGAAAAUAAGGCAGUUCCACGUAAUAGUUUUCCAACAGCCAGGUCAUUGAGGCCAGGCUUUGGUGUAGAAUUGUAAGAAAUACUUCGAACAUUCCACAUGUUCCUUGAUGGGAAAAUCCAGCAAGAAGGCCAGGUUCUUAGGGUCAGCCUUGUCACCUAGGGACUCAGCUCCGGGAGGGGAGACCCAGUGACUGAGUUGAAGCUCCGCAAAUGCACGAAAGGACAAUUUUGCAUCUUCCUAUCAGUAUUCAACUUCCUUUUACUAAUGAAAAAUAAAUAUAUUUUUAAAACA